AUGGAGGCCCCAGCGAAGAUCAUCUCUUUCUUCUGCCUCCUGCUUGUUCUCCAAGCUACUCGUGUGGAGUCUAGGAAGAACUACUGGUUCAACAUGUUCAAUUUCGGGGAUUCGUUUGCGGACACCGGGAACACCCCCAAGUCCGGCGAUCGCCUGUCGCGUGCUUGGCACUACCCCUUCGGAAUCUCCUACAAGGACUACAACGGAAACCCUGGCGGCAACAAACCUACCGGCCGAUUCUCCGACUACAUGAUCCAACCCGAUCUCAUCGCUAGGAUGUUGCGGAUCCAUUCAGCUCCUCCAGCGUACAAGCAGUCGGGCUACUUAUGCCACCCCUACGGCAUGACCUUCGCGGCCGCCGGCGCCAGCGUGUUCGAGGCGCCGGAGAAUAACGGCGUGUUCGUGCCGACCCUUUCCCAGCAGAUCAACAAGUUCCAAGACCUGUUGAGGACUGGAUUCAUAUCGUCCACGCGCCUCGAAGGCGCCGUGCUGCUCGUCGCCAUCUCGGCCGGCAACGACUACCUGCCCAAGAUCCACCUCAUGGACGAGUCCAUCAGCAGUAUCGCCCCUUAUGUUGAGAACGUGACGAGCGAGAUUGCGAGGAACGUGGAGCGGCUGCGGAAUCUGGGGGCCAAGAAGAUCCUGCUGAACAACAUGCCCCCUCUCGGGUGCACGCCUCGGCACGCCAGGCUGAGCAACUACGCCGGCUGCGAUGGCCACGGCAACUUCCUCGCCUCCGUCCACAACGACAACCUGCAAGUGAAGCUGGGAAUAAACACCGACGUCCACAUUGUCGACCUCUAUUCGGCCUUCACCAACAUCACCAGCCAGCUCACAAACGAUACCGCUUCGCCGGUGUCGGACCAGUUUACGACGAAGCUGGCGCCGGCCUGCGAGGCCAAGGAUCCCAAGGGGUACUGUGGGCUGAGAGAUGACGAAUCCAAUUACUUGUACACUCUGGACGCAGAUCAGGUCGAGAAGCACUUCUACUGGGACGACAUGCACCCGACGAGUGCAGGAUGGGAGGCUGUCAUGAAGCAGCUGGAAGAGCCCAUCAAGUACUUCCUAGAUCACUAGAUCGAUGAUCAGAACUAGUAGUAUAUCCAUAUGCCAUAUAUGCUUUGCCUAUCAAGCGGCUGUAUAUUGAGUUCGGAUUUCAUUACUAGUUUGGAGUUUGUUCAGGUUGCUGUUUUGGACAAUAGAUUGUGCUAAUCUAUUUGGUUAGGUAAAUAGUACAUGAUUUUUAGGAAACAGUU